UUCUACUUUUCCUCCCCCUCGCCGUCAAUCCACCCAACGGGCCGCCGCGAGGAUAUGAGCUGGAGGCUCCGCUCCCGUCGACCCGAUAGCAAACCCUUUCUCCGGCGGUAAUAAAGAUGGGCGGCGCCGGUCCUCUCUCCCCUCUCUCCAUCCUCCUCCUCGUCGUUCUUCUGCAUAUCCUUGAUGGAUUCGUCGAGUUUCUCAGAAAGAGAGGAUUGAGGAGCCAUGAAGAAGUUCAACUGCGACAAGAAAUCAAGCAACUUUUAAAAGAGGCAGGCAAAUUAUCAACGCCCACCACAUUUGCUCAAGCUGCGAAACUUAGACGAAUGGCUGCAACUAAAGAGAAGGAACUAUCUAAAAAACAUGAGGAACACAGCAAGGAGAAGAGGUGGUCGUAUGAUACGUUUGCAAGAGCCCUGCUGAUCCUUAAGGUAAUACUAUUUGUUGGACUUAGUUGGCAUUUCUGGGGUGUUCCAGUCGCUGCAGUUCCGCAACAUCUUUUGCAGCCUUUCGGGAGGUUCUUGUCCUGGAGAUCUGGAGAUGCUGCCACUGGCCAAGUCAUGGUUGGAAUAUUACCUUGGCUGGUUUUAACUAAUCGAGUUAGCAAGUUUUUGUGUCAAAAGCUGUCAAAAUUCUUGUCCACAAUUAAAUCCUAGGACUUUGUCUAUUCGGUUUAUAUAUGUUGUUUUGGCUCAGCUUUUCCGAAAAGGUUGAUCGGUUGUCCAUGUGUGUAAUCUCUGCUUGCUGUAUUUCUAGUAUUCUUUUUUCAUCUCCUUGAAAUGGGCAGUUUUCCUCAGUCACCCCAUGAGUUCUUGUAUGAAAAACUGCAGAAAACAUGGAGUGCGGCAUGAAUGAGAGUAUUCUACUUUUGACCUUGGACAGGAACAUUGCAUUCUGAGAGUUUUUUCAAAGACAGGUAGCUUGAACAUGCCUUUGUUUAAAAUAUAUUUGAUCUAAUAGCU